UUAUAAACUUUCUUUGGAAGUGAACCAGAGAUCACUACAUUCUUUCAUUUCGCUUUCAAGUAUAAAAUAUCAGACUGACAGCUUGUUUACAAGAAAUAAUAAAAUCAAAAAUGUACAAACGUAAUUUUCCGCAACUUCAAGUGAUGAUCGUUGAUAAACUUUCUAAGAUUUCUAUACGAAGGGUAUCAGCUGCCGACUGUAAUAUAACUCGAACUUGCUGGCCCAAGCCUGCUUAUGGUCCCGUGGACGUGCAGCGUACGAUACUGCUUAAUGGGAUGAAAGUGGCAGUAGCCAAACCUCUUGGAGGUCAGAUUGGUGCUUGCACAAUCAUGUAUCAGGCUGGUUCCCGAUAUGAAGUGGAUGAAUUCCUAGGCGCCAACCACUUUCUGCGUGCCGCAUCUAGUGCUUCCAGCUGUGCUUUCUCUGGUUUCAUGAAAAUGCGCUUCAUGUCCCAGUAUGGUGCUUCAAUUACCUGUUCUAGUGACAGACAAUCCAUAGCAUACACAUUGCGCUGUCCAGUCACUACUUUCUCAGAAAUGAAAUGUUUCCUGCUGGAUACGGUCAUUAGAUGCUGUUUCAAAGAAUGGGAGAUGGAAGACUUAAAACCAAUGAUCAGAGACGAUUUACAUCGCAUUCAUCCAGAGAAACGUGUGUUGGACUUGGCCCAAAAGGCUUGUUGGGGAGGACCUCUCAACAACUCUAUUUACUGCGAACCAUCGAGGAUAAACGGUAUGACAGGAGAAAUCCUCGACAACUAUGCCGAUUGGAACUACAAGUCCGACCAUUGUUCAGUGGCUAGUGUCGGUGUCCCAUUUGAAGAGACUAUAAAAAUGGCUGAAGCGAUCGAGCCCAGACGAAUAAAGCCAAACCCAAGAUGUAUCGAGCCAUCAUUCCCGAGACGAGGCUUUGAGUUAUACGACCUGGGCGCCUGCAGCGACACCUGGAUAUGUGUGGUUGUGCCCGGCUGUGGCACUAAAGACUUAACUUCUCUACUGAAGCACUCGAUAGUAGCACACGCUUGUGGGACAGGUAACAUGCAGGACGGGUCCCACGUUUUAGAUCGCACUCCAGAACUUCCCCUCGGACUCAUGGCGGGAAAUGAUGUCUAUACCUCAUUCAGAGCAUUCAACUUAUCGUAUUAUGAGACUGGAGUAUUCGGUAUAGUGGCAAGGACUCGUGCCCCAACGGCAUGGAAUGUAACAAAAGCAGCCGCAGAAUUUUUGAGUAAUGUCGGAUGUCUCAGCUAUAAACAAAUAGAAAUUGGUAAAAAGAGACUUAAAGUCAGUUUAGCAAUCCAUGACGACGACUGUGUGAGGGUGGCUGAGGGACUAGCGCUGCAGCUAGCCAGCGGUAAUAGAAUGGACACCGCGUUAGAGUCCAUGGCUAUGAUUGAUGGAAUCAGUAAUGAAGAUGUAUCAAGCACUGCAAUAGAUUUGUCUAAGAAAUAUCGAGAUAUGGCUCUUGCUGUUGUUGGUGAUAUUGGACGGGUACCUCACGACAGGGAGCUUAUUUGUGCAUGUUGAAUAAUAUCAUACAAUUUUGUUUUUACUUUUAGAAGAUAUAUUUUUUAUUUUUAAAUAAAUGAUAUCAGUCGUCAAAAUGAUAUCGUG